AUGAGCGAAACUCAAGUACAUCCUGCGGUGCCAGCGCUGUUCAAGGAGCUGCCGAUCAUCCAAGACGCUCUCACUACCGAGACAACCAAUCUUCAAGAAGAAACAGUAAACAAAUGCCUACCAUUCCUAAAAGGUAUCCAUAGCAGUCAAAAGGGACCGUUCAACCAGUUUGGGGUGCCAGCACUUAACCGUGAUGAUCAUAUUGCCUAUCUGUAUGACUCGCUAGAGGACUAUCCGGGGAGCUUUGUGGCCCUUGAUGCCAGUCGUCCCUGGAUGGUUUACUGGGCUUUAGCUGGCUUAGCCCUACUAGGUGAAGAUAUCAGUCAGUUCCGUGAACGGGUAAUUACGUCGUUUAGACCUAUGCAGAACCCCACUGGUGGAUUUGGAGGAGGGCAUGGCCAAUUGUCCCACUGCGCACCCACGUAUGCUGCUGUGCUAUCACUCGCCAUGGUUGGUGGCGAAGAGGCUUUCCAAUUGAUCGAUCGAAAGGCAAUGUGGAGAUGGCUCGGAAGGCUGAAGCAGCCCGACGGUGGCUUUAGAGUCUCCGAGGGUGGGGAAGAAGAUGUGAGAGGCGCUUAUUGCGCGAUGGUGCUCUUAUCGCUCCUUGACCUGCCACUUACCUUGCCACCCGAUGCUGAAGCUCGGAAGCAUGGGUUCGAAACGUUCACGAGUGGCCUGUCAGAUUAUCUAUCAAGAUGCCAGACAUUCGAAGGUGGCAUCUCCGGUAAUCCCGGGUCGGAGGCGCAUGGCGCCUACGCCUUUUGCGCUUUGGCGUGCCUAUGCAUUCUAGGCGAGCCCGAAGCGACCAUUUCCAGCUUUUGGGUCGGGGGUUGUUGGCCACUGAUUCAAUCCGCAAUUAACGGCACCCAACCAGCUACAGCUCCUAAGCAGACCUCAACUGGCAACCUCUAUAGCCGUGAAGGCCUGACAAGAUACAUCCUUGCUUGCUGUCAGGGAAAGCAUGGAGGGCUUCGUGACAAGCCCGGAAAACAUCCAGAUUCGUACCACACCUGCUAUACUCUCACUGGACUGAGCACGACCCAAUAUCACCACUACCAUACCGAUGCUAGCGCAAGCUCCAGGGGGGACUUCUCCUCUGCAUUUUCCUGGAAAUCCCUUCCUGUCACCAGCUCAGACAAUCAAGGAUCAGACUUGAGUGUAUUCGAUGAGAAGGAUCGGCUCGCAGCGCUCCACCCACUAUAUGUCAUUCCCCAUCAGGCUGCCGAGAAUAUGCGUAUCUGGAUAGACGUCGAAUAUUUCCGAGGAGGCGGUCAAUUCACACAGGAGACGUUUUCGGAUCACUUACCGAGUCGAUGA